AUGACCUGGGGCACGCAGAACAGCCAGGACGAGGGCUUCGCUCAGAUGGACCUGGCGGUCGAGCGGGGGGUGAACUUCUUCGACGCGGCCGAGAUGUAUCCGGUGCCGCCCUCGGCCGAGACCUACGGCCGCACCGAGGAGAUCAUCGGCAACUGGCUGCAGAGCCGGAAGUGCCGCGACAAAAUCGUGCUGGCGACCAAGGUGGUCGGGCCGGGGCCGCGCUUUCCCUACAUCCGCGACGGUGCCUGCCGGCUCGACCGCGCCAACAUCGAGCGGGCGAUCGACGACAGCCUGCGCCGGCUGAAGACCGACUACGUCGACCUCUACCAGCUUCACUGGCCGGACCGCGCCACCAACACCUUCGGCCGUCUCGGCUACCGGCCGGCGGCCGAGGAGGAGAGCGUGCCGCUGGAGGAGACGCUGGGCGUGCUGGCCGACCUGGUCGCCGCCGGCAAGGUGCGUCACGUCGGCCUGUCGAACGAGACGGCCUGGGGCGCGAUGACCUUCCUGAAGCUGGCCGAACAGGGCCGGGGCCCGCGCAUGGUCUCGAUCCAGAACCCCUACAGCCUGCUCAACCGCAGUUUCGAGGUCGGUCUGGCCGAGGUGGCGCUGCGCGAGGACUGCGGCCUGCUGGCCUAUGCGCCGAUCGCCGCCGGGGUGCUCAGCGGCAAGUACCUGGACGGCGCCCAGCCGGCCGGCGCGCGCCUGACCCUCUACCCCCAGAACGACCGCUACAAGACGCCGGCGGCCGAGCCGGCGGUGCGCGCCUACGUCGACCUGGCCCGGCGCCACGGCCUCAAGCCGGAGGUGCUGGCCGGGGCCUUCGUGCUGCGCCAGCCCUUCACCACCGCCUCGAUCGUCGGCGCCACCAGCCUGGCGCAGCUCGAGACCCAGCUCGCGGCCCUGGACGUCCAGCUUUCCGAGGACCUGCUGGCGGAGCUGGAGGCGAUCCACGCCCGCCACACCAUCCCCUGCCCCUGA